AUGGCUCAACAGCGCCACCUGGAACGCACUGAAAUGGAGCAGCAAGAAAAUCAACUGGCCAGACAAAUGCUCUCCUGUUGGAUCUGUGUGGAUCCACUGAAGGAUCCGGUGACUACUGUCUGUGGACACAGCUACUGUAAGAGUUGUAUUAACACCCACUGGGACAAAGAGGAGGAGAGAGGAAGCUACAGCUGUCCUCAGUGUAGACAGACCUUCACACCGAGGCCUGUCCUGGAGAAAAACACCAUGUUAGCUGCUUCACUGGAGGAGCUGAAGAAGACUGGACUCAAUGCUGCUCCUGCUGAUCACUGCUAUGCUGGACCUGAAGAUGUGGCCUGUGAUGUCUGCACUGGGAGAAAACUGAAAGCUCUCAAGUCCUGUUUGGUUUGUUUGGCCUCUUUUUGUGAGAAACACCUCCAGCCUCAUCUUCAGUCAGCUGCAUUGAAGAAGCACAAGCUGGUGGAGCCCUCGGAGAAGCUCCAGGAGAACAUCUGCUCUCGUCACUACGAGGUGAUGGAGAUGUUCUGCCGCACUGAUCAGCAGUGUAUCUGUUAUCUCUGCUCUGUGGAGGAACAUAAAGACCACGACACAGUGUCAGCUGCAACAGAAAGGACUGAGAGGCAGAGAGAGCUCGGGCUGAGGAGACAAACAAUCCAGCAGAGAGUCCAGGACACAGAGAAAGACCUGAAGCUGCUUCAACAGGAGGAGGAGGCCGUCAAUGGCUCUGCUGAUAAAGCAGUGGAGGACAGUGAGGAGAUCCUCACUGAGAUGAUCCGUCUGCUGGAGAAAAGAAGCUCUGAUGUGGAGCAGCAGAUCAGAUCCCAGCAGGAAACUGAAGUGAGUCGAGUCAGAGAGCUUCAGGAGAGACUGGAGCAGGAGAUCACUGAGCUGAAGAGGAAAGACCAUGAACUGAAGCAGCUCUCAGACACAGAGGAUCACAACCAGCUUCUACACAACUACCCCUCACUGUCACCACUCAGUGAAUCUACACACUCAUGCAGCAUCAGGAUCCGUCCUCUGAGGAACUUUGAGGACGUGACAGCAGCUGUGUCACAGGUCAGAGGUCGACUACAGGACAUUCUGAGUGAGGCAGAGACAAAUAUUUUACAGAUUGUGUCUCGAGUGGAUGUUUUACUGCAACAACCAGAGCCAGAGACCAGAGCUGACUUCUUAAGAUAUUCACAGGAAAUCACACUGGAUCCAAACACAGUAAACAGAGUUCUGUUAUUAUCUGAGGGAAACAGAAAAGUAACACGUGUGAGUCAACACCAGUCUUAUUCUGAUCACCCAGACAGAUUCACUGGUUAUCCUCAGGUCCUGAGUAGAGAGAGUCUGACUGGACGUUGUUACUGGGAGGUGAAGGUGAAAGGAGGAGUUCGUGUAGCAGUCACAUACAAGAAUAUCAUAAGAGCAGGACACUUAUUUCAAUGUAAAUUUGGAUUCAAAGAUAAAUCUUGGUUAUUAAUUUGUGGUGGAAACAGUUAUAACUUUUCUCACAACAACAUCGGGACUACAGGGUCAGGUCCUGUGUCCUCCAGAGUAGGAGUGUACCUGGAUCACAGUGCAGGUGUUCUGUCCUUCUACAGCGUCUCUGACACCAUGACUCUCCUCCACAGAGUCCAGACCACAUUCACUCAGCCUCUCUAUGCUGGAGUUAGGGUUCAUUAUAUUUACUCCAGAGCUGAGUUCUGUAAACUCAAAUAA